UAUCAUCUUAGAUCACAACGGCCUUCUGUUUUGUUUGCGACAAUUCACAUUAUAGCGCUCUGCUUCGUCUUUACAUUUUCGCGCUCAGCAUGGCUCGUCGCUCGAACUUGGCGCUGACAGUCGUCCUCGCGCUCGUCGUCUUUUUCAGCAUCUCGUAUCUCUUCUCUUCGUCGCCCAGCAGCGGCUAUGCGGGCUACAACCGCGACCCCAACUAUGUACCUUCGCAGAUGCAGGCUGAGCCUCUGAAGGCCGAGCCUUUGAAGUCUGAGCCUCUGGAAUCUGAGCCUUUGAAGACUGUGCCUGAGGCUGUUGAUCAGCCAAGUUUCGCGGUAGAUAUGGAGGCCCUGCCAGCAGGCAUCUUGGAAGGAGAGAGCAUUGCGCCCAAGCUGGAGAAUGCGACGCUCAAGGCCGAGCUUGGCCGCGCGACGUGGAAAUUCCUGCACACCAUGGCCGCACGCUUCCCAGAGAACCCGACCCCCUCCGACCGCACCGCUCUCGAGACCUUCAUUCAUCUGUUCGGUCGACUCUAUCCCUGUGGCGACUGCGCGCGGCAUUUCCGCCAGCUCCUUGCCGAAUACCCUCCUCAGACGAGCAGCAGGAACGCUGCCGCGGGGUGGCUAUGCUUUGCGCACAACCUCGUGAAUGAGCGAUUGGAGAAGGAGAUUUUCGACUGCAACAAUAUUGGCGACUUUUACGACUGCGGAUGUGGCGAAGAAGGUAAGGAGGGCGCAAAGAGCGAGGAGGGGCAGACACCUGAGGAGCCCCAAGAGAAUACUGAGCUGAAGCUGGAGAAAAAGUCAUAGGCAGAGAGAGUUGGUUCCUGGAAUUUUCACCUAGAAAAUACGACGUAUAUGUUACGAACGUCAUGCAGAGACUAGGCAGUCCCAUGAUCUUGCAUAACUACUAUCAUUUUCAGCGUGACGCGGCCUGGAUACCACACCACGCCGGCUUUAAUUAUUGAUUUU